AUGACAGAAGUGGGAAUGUGGGACCAAGAAAGAGAAAAACAACGGGGCAAGAAGAACCAAGAGGAAAAAUCGGCACUGCUGGCCCAGGAUCAGCCCUUGGCAACAGCCCCUCUGCAGGUCUCUGCUGGCUCCCGGGCAGGGACUCAAAGGCCGCAGGAAGGUGCCCCUGGAGAAGGCCCUGGAGAGCGCUGGGGCCAGGAGUGCCGCCAUGAGGGCAGCAAGCGGGGCCUGGCCUGUCCGUGCCUGCGGCAGGGCGCAGGGCGGGCGCUCGGGCCCUGCCAGCUGCAGCUGGGAGCUCUGCAGGGCGGCCGGCAGAGAGCCGUGGGCUCCCGCAGCUCUGCGGCCCUCACGGCUGAGGCAGCUGCCCAGACCAUGGAGCCCAUGGUAUUCCUUUUCAUGCUCUUAAAAAGCCUCAUCCAGUACCCACAGCACGUGGCUGACGCUUUGGAUGAGGAAACACGUCUGCGCAUGGAAGAGCGUGCAAAGCAUCUGGAAUGGGAGAGGAUUCAUCUGGAGCAGGAGGUGGAACAGCUCACCCAGGAGCAGCUGAAGCAGGUGCAGCUCUUGCAGCUUUUAGCUGUUGCUGUGCUCCUGGCCCUUCUCUUGGUCCUCUGGUUGAUUGGGUGGAAAAACAGCCUGAGCAGAGAGGAGGAUGAACAAGACAACCGUGGGGCAGAUGAAGAGGAAGCGCGCAAUGUUGCGGCUAACGAAGACAACGUUGGCAAUGAAGAUGUCAAUGAGGCUGCAGUUGCGGAAAACAACAACGAUGUUGCAAAUGAUGUCCAAGAAGAAGAAGAGGAUGAUUUUGACGAUUUCCUUGGAGAAGUUGUAAUGGAGCGCAUCCAGUGGCCUGUACAGGACCUGCAGAGAGGCUGUGAGUGGAUAACUGACCUCAUGGAUAAUUAUACCAUGUACUUUGGCCAUGUUUUGGCCAACAGUUUCUACCCGGUCCUGCAACGAGCCAUCGGGGUGGGCAGUGCCUUUGAAGGCUGGAGUCCCCGUGAGCAGGAUGUCGUCUACAGCGUGCUCAUCCCCAUGACUCCUCCCCGGGGCCACAGCUUCCACCUGGAGCUGGAGAGUGAAGAGCAGAGGCACGUCAGGAACUUCCGUGUCCGCGUGCAGCUGGAGUGCACCUGCAGCAGGGAGCAGCAGGCUGAGGACAUGCUGUGCUUCCUGCACCACCCCGAGGAGGAGCUGAGCAGCAAUCAGGAUCCCAGCCUCCUAGACACCCUGUGCACCGGCUCCUACCUCGACGUGCAGAAAACUGCCCGCUGGUUUUACCAGCUGGUGAGAGCAGUCUGGCCAGCUCUGCCUCAGUCACACAACUGGCAUUUAAGGCUGAUGCCCUCCACACGCUCCUGCCAAUUCAAGGUGUCCUACGGGCAGGAAAGCUUCAGGAUUGAGCUUUUCUUCGGCGUGCGGAGAGGUGACUCAGCCAUCUUUGUGUGCAGCCAGCCUAGAGAGGCCUACACAGCAAGCACAACCUGGCCCGAGUCCUACGCUGUGGCAGAGGUUGAGUUCUUCAAGCACAUUGCCAGGCAGGCCCCCCCUGACAGCCUGCACCUCAAAUGCCUGCAGUUCUUCACCCGUCUUCCUCUGGGCUUCAGCUUUUCCACCUACACCAUGAAGACCAUUGUCAUGCACCUGCUCAACAUCACACCCGUCUCAGAGUGGCGCAGGAGAGAUCUCGUGGUACGACUGCUGGAUAUCAUCAACAGCCUGCACUUAUGUCUGCGAGCAAAAUGCCUCCACCACUUCAUUGUGGGCAACCAGAGGCUUCCUCAGGACAUCAACUUACCCGCAGAUGUCCAAAGAGCUGAGCCAUACAAUCUCCUCCAGCACCUGGCCCAGCAACCGGCUGCCCACGCCCAUGCGCUCUAUGAGUACCACAUUCUCUACAAGUGGUUCAGAAGAAUCCUUCUUGCUGAGGAUUUACCGGAUGAAGGGGAAGAGUUAUGGCUCUGA